AUGACAUCUAAUACAGAACAUGUCGUUUUAGAUGGCUCAGUGCUCGAAGGAGGCGGCCAGAUUUUGAGAAAUGCUAUGAGCUACGCGGCAAUUUUGCGCCGAUCUCUCAGGAUCGACAAGAUUCGGGUGGGCCGUGACCAGCCGGGGCUCAAAGCACAGCAUGCGGCAGGACUUGUACUUGUCUCACAGAUAUCGGAAGGUAGUCAGUUCGAAGGUGCAGACGUAAAGUCUCAGAGCAUCAUCUUCCAACCCGGCAUUACGACUUCCGGCCACUAUACGGCGGACCCGCAGACCGCUGGGUCAACAACUUUACUUCUUCAAAUCUCUCUUCCGUGCUUAAUCUGUCUUCCUCCUGACUCGUAUUCCACUUUAACGCUCCGCGGUGGGACGAAUGCCGUGCAGGCACCGCAAGUGGACUACAUCCAGCGAGUCUUCCUUCCAUUCCUGAAGCAGCAUUUUGGAAUCGAUGUGAGAUUGGACAUCAAGCAGCGAGGGUAUUGGCCAAAAGGAGGCGGCGAGCUGCAUGUUUCUGUCCCAUCGAUCUCGGGUACAUUGCUUCCCAUGGACCUGAAAGAACGAGGCAAAGUCAUCUCCGUCUCUGGGAUCGCCUACGUUGCAGGGAGUUUGCCACAGCACCUGGUGCACGAGCUCAGGUCGUCUGCUCUAGACUGCAUGCGGGACGAAGGUCAUCUCGCGGGGGUGCACGACAUCACAGUGGACAUUCUCAAAGACCAGAACUGCAUCGGCUCUGGCAUGGGUAUCGUCCUAGUGGCCAGGACAAAUACGGGUUGUGUCCUUGCCGGUUCGGCUCUGGGAGUCAAAGGCAAAAGUGUGAAAGAAGUGGGUGAAGAGGCAGCCCGAGAGUUGGGGAAGAACUUGUUGGAAGGAGGAUGUGUGGACGAGUAUAUGCAGGAUCAGAUGAUCAUCUUUCUCGCGUUGGCCGGAGGGAGAUCGACCAUACGAACCGGACCUCUGACGCUCCAUACCAAAGCGGCUAUAUGGGUAGCCGAACAGAUGACGAGCGCUAGAUUCACGAUCGAAGAAGAGGUGGAUAGGCAUGGAGUUGCCACCAACCUAAUACACUGCGAUGGCAUUGGCUGGUCAUACAUACCUCCAGCAGAUCGAGACCCAGAGGAAACGUGUAUAUGCGCCAUUGGGUAG